AUGAUGUUCACCGGUGGUGCUCACGCGAAGAGGCGCAACGCAGGCGGUGGUUCAGGCCGGAAGUCGUCCGCGGACCGUAGAAGCCCACGAGCUGGAAGAAGUCCGCAGGCACGCGUGGGCGCGGAAGGAUACACUUACAGAACCAGAAUUCCAGUACUAAAUCCAACAGAUCUACCACCGACAACGUCCACAGGGAAAACAUACGUAUACAAAACCAGGGUUCCCCGACGGGAUAUCGCGGCUGCAUCUGUGUCUCCUGCACGCGAAAAGAACAACAUCGGCGGAGCAAUUACGAAAAGGAGAGGAGCAGUAAAACAUAACAAGGUGCACGUGGUUCGAGGUCACAAACUAGUUGCAAAAUUCUUCAGGCAACCGACCUUCUGCGCCUUUUGCAAGGAUUUCCUUUGGGGAUUCGGAAAGCAAGGGUAUCAAUGCCAAGGUAAAUAUUAUAUCUCAGACAGCACUUUUUCCCACUGUACCGGCCACGUUGUACCUCUAUUAAUAUUCCAUUCCUGCGUUUCAGCCUGCCAAACAGCGGUGCACAAGAAGUGCCAUGAUAAAUUGUUAACCAAGUGCCCGGAAAGUGGCAGGGAGUCCGAAAACACGAUAUACUUGAGGGAGCGUUUCAAGGUAGAUGUGCCUCACAGGUUUCGCCCUUAUACGUUCAUGUCACCGACCUUUUGCGAUCAUUGCGGUUCCAUGUUGUAUGGUUUUUUUCGACAGGGUCUCAGAUGCGACGGUAAGUAAGAUUUAAGUAAAAGAAUUUUCACGAAAACAAUCGUCUUGUAUAUAUGUAUAUCCUUUUCACCUUGAUGCACCUUAAGUGUAAGUUUCACCAUGUAAGCAAUUUAAAUUUGUACCACGAGUUUUGUAAAGUUUAACUUUUCAAGUAAAUUUUCAAACUAAAGUUAGUUGUAGAAUUGACUUGAAAUAGAAUUCGUUGCCAUUCGUUGGCUAUUUCUAAGUUUCCCUGAACAAGUAACAAUAGGCACCGAGGAAGGAAACAUUUGGCGCGGGUCUCGAUGGCCGAAUACAAAACAACGCGAAACCGUGGCUCCGCUGACACAUUGCGCGUUUUACACGGCUGCAGAGACAACGACGCGAAAUUCGUCGCCUGGCAAUUUGACGUGCAUGUUAUACCGCGAGCCUC